ACCGCGCAGGUGCCUCAACGUCUUUUUUUAACGUGCGGUACGUCAGCGCAGGGGGCGUGUCUUCAGGAUAGAGGGCGUCCGUGAGGUCCGCCAUUUCAUGCUGGAGACAGUUCUCAAAUCUGGCGAGUUGAAUCUGGCGGGCAUUUUACCUUUUCGGGUUGUGAUCUGAGGGUGUGAGUGCUGUUAAUGCAUGAAGUGGAAAUGUAAGCUUUGCACUUACUUCACAAACAAUCGUCGAAAAAUACUUGGACAUUACAGAUCAAGCCACUCUCAUUACGGAGGACGAGUACCGAUUCCUUGUAUUUACAGUGACUGUGUGUGCUCUUUUAAGUCACACAAGGCUCUUGGAAUACAUGUGAGACAACAUGGAUUUUGCUACGGUGAAAAAGUGAAUUUUAGAGUCAGAUGUCUGCUAUGUGCAUUUAGUCAACCUGCAAAUCAUAAACAAUACUUUUGUCAUCUUAACACUCAAUUAAAAAACAAGGAAACUGUCACCUGCCCAUUUAAUGGUUGUAAUUUUAAGUCAAAAGUUUAUUCCAGUUUUACCUCUCACAGAAGUCGAUAUCAUGCCUUGGAUUUUUUACAAAAUUUUAAAGCAGAGCUUCUUUAUGGCCCACCACAUGGUGAAAACUCUGAUCCCCUAUUAGACACUGGUGGGUAUUCUUCUAAUAACACUGAGUCAGCUGUUCGUGAUAGUUUUGAUUUUCAGUCUGAUGAUGAUGAGGAUGCUGCUGAUGAUGAAGAAGAGCGAGGUAGCAUUGGUGACAAAAUUAGGAAUAGACUUGCAUCUUUGCUUCUACGAAUGCAAGCCAUCUUGCAUGUAUCUAAAUCAGCUACCCAGGAAAUAAUCAAUGAACUUCACGAAAUUGGAAUUUUAGCAGGUGACCUGUCAAAAAAAACUGCAGAAAACAUUUUUACAGAGCUCAGUUGUAAUAUAGAUGAGGCCACACUAAAGUUGUUAAAGGAAAGCUUACAGGAAACCAAUCCUUUUAGUUGUCUGUCACAGAGUGGACCACUGGGAACUGAAUACAAAAGACAGUUGUUUUACAAGGAAAGAUUCAACGUAAUUGAGCCAACGGAGUAUGUGUUAGAUCCUUUACUUAACAAAACAUUUGUUUAUGUUCCAAUUUCAGGUGUGUUGCCAGCAUUGUUGAACAAGUGUGAUGUAAUUGACAAAGUUUUAGAGGAAACAAAUCUACCAUCGCUCUCUGGUCAGUACAGAUCUUUUCAUGAUGGACUGUAUUUUAAAGAGAAUCCAAUUAUUUCUCAAGAAGAAUUAUCAAUUUCUUUAGGAUUGUAUAUAGAUGAAUUUGAAAUCUGCAACCCUUUGGGAACUUCAAGGAAGAAACAUAAAAUAACUGCUAUUUAUUGGGUAAUUGCUAAUUUGCCUGCCAAAUACCGAUCUGCCCUAUCUAGUAUAUACCUUGCCUUGCUGAGCAAUAGUAAUGAUGUGAAAACAUUUGGGUAUGCACAAAUAGUUGAACCACUGCUUAAAGAGCUUUGUACACUUGAAACUAAAGGAUUUUACAUUGAUAGGCUAGGUACGUUUGUCAAAGGCACAGUCCUGUAUGUGUCUUCAGAUAAUUUAGGAGCACAUUCGUUUGCUGGCUUUCAGGAGUCAUUCUCUGUUGAUAAAUUUUGCAGAUUCUGCUUAGCCAGUCGCAGUGAUAUUCAGAGUACAUCAGUAAGAACUGGAUGCUUUCCACUAAGAACAAAAAUAUUGCACAAUGAAGCUGUUAAGAGCCUUAAAGAGCACGAGAGCAUAGUUGUUGACGGAGUUAAGGGUGACUGUGUUUUAAAUGAACUAAAUUAUUUUCACUGCAUAACGGGCUUUCCACCUGACUUGUUACAUGAUUUGCUAGAGGGAAUAGUGCCUGUGGAGCUGUGUUUGUGUUUAAAGACAUUGAUUGGCAAGAAGUAUUUUACUUUAGAGGAACUGAAUACUGCCAUUCAGCGUUUCCCAUACAAGUUUUCGGACAAAACAAACAAACCACAAGCAAUUCCAAAGGCAUUCACGUUAAAGGGGACAAUUGGGGGGAACGGGCAUGAAAAUUGGACACUUUUGAGACUGCUGCCAUUGCUAAUUGGGGAUAAAGUACCAGAGAACGACAAAGCUUGGGGUGUCAUUUUGGAUCUUAAAGACAUUCUGGAAAUUUUAACUUCAUCUACAUUCACUGAGGAAAAACUGUUCUACCUUGAGGCCAAAAUCUUUGAACAUCGGCAGCUUGUACAGGAAGCUUUUCCUACGUUUAAGCUAAAACCAAAGCACCACUUUCUUGAACACUAUCCCUAUCUAAUUCGCUGCUUUGGUCCUCUGCUCGACUUCUGGACAAUACGAUUUGAGGCCAAACACAGCUUCUUUAAGAAAGUUGUCCGGGAUGUUAAUAACUUCAAGAACAUUUUGGUGACUUUAGCUUCAAGGCACCAGCUCAUGUUAGCGUAUCACAUGGACAUGCCUAACAUGUUCAAACCAACAGUGGAAGUUGGAAAAAUUUCAACUGUUUCAUUUGAGAUUUUGGACCUCUUUGUGAAAGAUGCUAUCAGAAGGAAAUUUGGAUGUUUGACUUCUGUAUCUCUUGCCACAACUGCCUUUAUCCAUGGGACAAAGUACACUCAAGGAAUGUUUUUAUCCACUGGAAGCACAAGUGGACUUCCUAAUUUUGGGAAAAUUAUUAAUGUGCUAUUUGUGGAAAACAAGCCCUGUUUUGUUGUGGAACCUUAUACAGCUUGGUACCUGGAACACCUCAGAUGCUAUGAAGUCUGCAAGAACCACUCUGCAAAGCUGCUUGUAGUCCAGCCAGAGGAGCUCAAUGACUACUUCCCCCUGUCAGCGUAUAUGGUGAAAGGCAGACUUCUGAUCUCUCCAAAAGGGUUUCUGCUCCAUUGAGGUAAAUUUCACCAAAUUUAGUCAAAUACAAAAUAGUUAUAAAUUUUACAUUACCACGUUAUAAGAUGUUGCAAUUUUUUAGAAUUGUUUUGUGGUGUUCAUGUAUAAUUGUAUGUCUUGCUCAUUUAAGUGUAAAAGACAUAAACAAUUUUAUUGUUUUGUCCAUUCAGAACAUAAUAACCACAUCCUUGUUUCUAUACUCACUGUCCACUUAUCAGCUUCACUAUACAUAUAGGACAUUAUAUGAUUAGUGAGUCAUUUGAUUUCUAUGCAUACUUUAUUAUCCUCCCUUUACCAUUUUCUUCCAUGGUCUGGACCCCACAGUACAUACUAUUGUCUAUUAAGUGCUAGUGUCUUUAUAUGGGCUAAAAAAUAAUAGCACAAAUAUAAAUAGCUUGUAAUGCAUCAGCUUCUUUAAAAUAAUAAUUCCACCUUUAA